AAUAUACUGUACAAGAUACCAUUGGCGGAUCCAGGAAGUUUAAUGGAGGUGGAUCCAGGGAGGGACUAGACCACUUCAGCCCCACCAUGGUUAGGGCUGAGGUAAGAAAAUUUAUGAUUAUGGCACCUCUAGAUAGCCGGAAAUUUCACCCUCAGACUUAAAUUUGAAUAUACAUUACAGGUAAUUUUUUUUUUUUCUCCAUUUUUUGGAGGUGGACCUGGGUGGCUCCACACAGCCCCCCCCCCCCAAUUUGAAUCCGCUACUGCUUACUGUUAAUAAAUUGGCUUGAAAAUAGCAGCAAAUAAAGUGUAUCAAUUAUGCUGUGGACAAAGGCACAGCAAAAUGAUGAUGAUGAUAAUUGAAAGAAAGUUGGUUUAGAACCAGUGGCGGCGCUAGGAUUUUCCCUGAUGAAAGGUCAGUUCCCCCGACAGGCAGGGAAAGAGUUGUGUUUGGGCCGUUGAGAAAAUUUUUGAAAAUAAGCCGCUAGACGCUUCACCUAAAUUUGUUUUUUUUUUAAAUAUAAUUUUUUUCUAUCCACCAACGAAUCUUCUAACUUCCCCCGACAGGGAGGCUGUAGCCCCUCAUAGUCCCUUAUAGUGCCGCCACUGUAUAGCCUUAACAUCAGCGCUGGUUCAAGCCGCUUUCUUGUACAGUUUUCUCGGAUGAGGACUUAAAACGGGAGGUCCAGUCUAUACUUCUUGGCUUUUGUGCACUUUAAAGAACACAUUGCAUCUUUCAGAAGAGUGGGGGGGGGGGGUUCUCUCCGAUUCUCUGUUUCAUUUAGCUCCCGUCGUCGUGGAAUGACGUGAACUAAUAACGCAUCUCUACGGCCCAUGCGCAAUUCAGCACAAUGACGCUGCGGGUUAUGGGUUAUUACAUGUAAAAGAAAAAUGUAAUGAAUUGAAAAAGUGACUGACAAUAAGUAUUUCUUAGCCUUGAGAAUGUUAAGUAGCCCUAUGGAUAGAAGAUGACUGUUCGUGAAGCACAUUAAUAUUUCAGUAAAUAAUCCUCGGCUAAAAUACUGUAACAUAAAAGAGAAGUAGGAGUAGAAAUUAUAAGAACGUGAUACUAUCCGGGGAAAAACGAUGCAAAGUGAUGUAUUAUACCAAGGAUUGUUGGAGUGUCGGGAAUAUUACAUGACGAACAUAAUCAAUGAAGAAGCGGUGUUUUGUUUUUACUAGAGCGUGAACGACGUUUUCUAUACGCGAUACGUUACGACAGAUGAGACAUGUAGAGAUUUUCGUAAUAUGAUUUAAAAGGAAUAUUCGUCGUUAAAAUUGUAAUAAAAGUCUACGUAUUUUUAACAGUGUUAUUGCAGCGAAUGUAUUAUUUUCACUGUUUUUUUUUUUCACGCUGGUGUUUUUCAACAAAUGGUAUCGAAUGUCAUCGCUAACAUACAACAAGGCGUCUGCAUUCGUCUAUUCAGCGGGAAGUUCGUACUCAUAGCUAGCUGUAGCCUAGCUGAAUUAGCUAUAUUAAAAACUCAGUGCCAUCUGUCCGCUAAUUAACCAUUCAGAAAAUGAGUGCGUUUACCAGUACACUGAUAUGGCCGACAAGAGGACUAUUGUUCCAUACGCUAGCCUGUUCAUUGAUGCAUCAUGGCUUGACGUUUUAGCAGCUGUUUCCAUGACGAUAAGGUCAGAUCAUCGUGAGAACCGAGAACAGAUCAAACGAAAGCUGAAGGAUAUAUUCCAGAACUUCAACAAUAUAAAUGAUGUGAUCCCGUGUUUGUCUGUGAGGUCAGGACUUGACCUGUACUUGCGCGUCAAAAAGUACCCCAUGGGGUCAGAAGUCAUAAUGACCUCUGUGAAUAUCCCAAGUAUGAGCGCAAUACUGGAGCAUCAUGGUCUAAAUGUGGUACCCUGGGAUAUCCUUAUAAGUACCUUGAUACCAAAAGUGGAUACCUUGAAACAGAUUAUUACACAAAAAACUGUCGCUAUUUUAAUAGCCCACAUUUAUGGUCGAUAUUCUAAUAUAGAUGAUAUAAUAUCUGUUGCUAAGCAACAUAAUUUAGAUGUCAUCGAAGAUUGUGCAGAAUCGUUCAGUGGCCUGGAAGUGCUUGGCAAUGCCAGGGCAGACAUUUCUUUAUUCAGUUUUGGAAUCAUCAAACACUCAACCGCCUUUGGGGGCUCCCUGGUCAAAGUUCAUGACCCUGACCUAGCAGACAAGAUGAACGCCUUACACGAGACGUAUCCUUUACAGAGCAGAUACGAGUACAUGAAGCGAGUUUUAAAGUAUGCAAUAUUAAUGCCAUUUGUAAAUAUACCAUGUAUUACAUUAUAUGGAAGCAUCAUUGCACGUGAACUAUAUCCUGAUUACAAGGAAAUAUUUGUUCAUCUCUUACACUCAUUCCCAAAGGAUUUGAUUGAGAAAAUACGUCAUAAACCAUCCACAGCAUUAAUGUUCAUGAUGUACAGAAGGUUGCAGCAGUUUAACCCAAAGGCUUUCAAAGAAGGGAUGAAGAAAUAUGAAUACUUAUAUAAGAAACUUCCAAAUCCAAGUAUGAUUGUUGGAUCAGAGAAUAUAUCGGCAAACUAUUGGCUAUUUCCUGUACUUGUGAGUAAUCCAACAAAAUUCAUCAAAAUCUUAUCAAAGCUUGGUGUCGACGCUUACGGCGAUACUACAUCGCUAUGUGUAGUAACAGCAACCGACCAAUCAGAUUUAAGGAAGACAGCUCCUUCCUCAACGUUGCAUCCACGGGAGGCCCAUUCCCUGAUGGAGAGGGUAGUCUAUCUACCUGUUCACAAGCGUGUAUCAUACCAUCACCUUGACAACAUCUGCUCUGCUUUGGAAAUUGCCAUGGAAACACUGAGAUCAGAGGAAGAGCAAGAAAAAUGUACGAAGUUAAAGUUGCAAUUCAGGAGUAAAUUGUGAUAAAAAAGAUUUGCUUCAUAAGAAAAAAUACUUUAGUCUAACUCUUAUAGCACCUCCCUAAUUUAGUCUUUUCGCAUAGUUUUAAAUGCCGUAUUUAUUCGAAAAUUCGCCCCGGCGCGUUUAUUCGGGUAAGGCGUUUAUUUUUUUAGUGUAAAAUAGAUACAUAUAGGGACUAUUGGUACUCAAAUAAACGCCCCUUAAUUUCACUGUAAAUGUGGAACUACAACACAUAAUUACCGUCAAAUUGUAUGAUCAUUAAGAUAAUUUGAUCUUAACUAAGUUAGCAAAAAUGUCUACUGGAGUAGAAAAUGAAUAUAAUGUGUUGAGAAUGAUGUUGCUUCCAUUAGUUUUACAGUCAUUUGGCGAGUUUAUUCGAGGGAGGCUUUUAUUUCAAAUGAGGCUCUGGAGUGGGCGUUUAUUAUUCGAUAGGGGCGUUUAUUCAAAGCGGGGUGGGGGGUUUAUUCGAAUAAAUACACUAUGUAUACAGUGCUCAUCCAAAGAAAGAAAAUUUUGGGCAAACAGUAUUUCAUUAAAAUACGCGAUGAAAAUGAUUUAGUUACGCAUAUAUUAGCACGGUGGCGUUUUUGCACAAAUGUCUAUACAUUAAUUUGGUGGUUAGAAUUCAUAAUGCUUUUAUAAGCUUUAUACUUAGUUAGCACUUUAGAAUGUUGUAAUACAUUCAGGCUCUCAUAUUAUUGCACAGGUAGGUUAGAGGUCUUACGAACAAAAUUUUAUUUUCUUAAUUUCCGAUUAUUUAUUCAUUAUAUUUUCAUAUGUUGUCUUUGUUCUGCUGUGAUCAGUGCAAUUAAUGAUGUCUAUUUUGUUUACGUUUAAAUUUAAGGUGAUAUAUAUAUUGUGUUCAAUUAUUUUAGCAUUAAUAUUGAUUAAAUGAACUUUAUUAUGAAAAUAUGUAACUUAGUAAGAAGUAACUGUAUUAAAAGCAACGUUUUUGACCGUGGUUCUUGUCAGCUAGUGCAAUAUAAUAACGUUACUAUCGGUCACAAUAACUCUAACUCAAACCCUUAUCUUCUCACAACUAUCAUCAUAAGGGCUAUCGCUUAUGAGGCGUACACACUUAAGUAGGUCUAUACGUACUUUUAAACUACGUUUUUAUAGUUAUACCCGCUAUCAUAACUAUUUGUUGUAGGCCUACAUUUCGAUGAGAUGAUCAAAAUCACAGAUGUGCCUAAAUUGAAUGACUUUAUGUCAAUUGUUGAGGUUUUCAUGUGUAAUUUUCGAUCAGUUAGCAAUAGUAUUGAAUGCAAUGAACAACUCAGUAUUAUUUUUUUUAUGCAAAAGUCGUAAUUAUUACAACUUAUUAUAGCAAUAAAUGCAGACUAAAACUGGUA